CUGCUGCUGCUGCUGCUGCUCCCGGGCAGCCAAGCGGGCAACCUGACGGUGGCCGUGGUGCUGCCGCUGGCCAACACCUCGUACCCGUGGUCGUGGGCGCGCGUGGGGCCGGCGGUGGAGCUGGCUCUGGCCGCGGUGAGAGCGCAGCCCGACCUGCUGCCCGGCUGGACGGUGCGCACGGUGCUGGGCAGCAGCGAGAACGCGCUGGGCGUCUGCUCCGACACGGCCGCGCCGCUGGCCGCCGUGGACCUCAAGUGGGAGCACAGCCCCGCGGUGUUCCUGGGCCCCGGCUGCGUGUACGCCGCCGCCCCGGUGGGGCGCUUCACCGCGCACUGGCGAGUGCCGCUGCUGACCGCCGGCGCCCCCGCGCUGGGCUUCGGGGCUAAAGACGAGUACGCGCUGACCACCCGCGCGGGGCCCAGCCACGCCAAGCUGGGCGACUUGGUGGCGGCGCUGCACCGACGGCUGGGCUGGGAGCGCCGGGCGCUGGUGCUCUACGCCUACCGGCCGGGCGACGACCAGCCCUGCUUCUUCGUGGUGGAGGGGCUGUACGUGCGCGUGCGCGAGCGCCUCAACAUCACCGUGGACCACCUGGAGUUCGCCGAGGGCGACCUAGACCAGUACGCACUGCUGCUGCACACCGUCAGGCGCCAAGGCCGAGUUAUCUACAUAUGCAGCUCCCCGGAUGCCUUCAGAACUCUGAUGCUUUUGGCCAUGGAAGCUGGUCUGAGUGGGGAGGACUACGUGUUCUUCCACCUGGACCUCUUUGGACACAGCCUGCAAGGUGCCCCCGGCCUUGCUCCCCACAGGCCCUGGGAGAGAGGGGAUGGGCAGGAUGUCAGUGCCCACCAGGCCUUUCAGGCUGCUAAAAUCAUUACCUAUAAAGAGCCGGAGAAUCCUGAGUACUUGGAGUUCCUGCAGCAGCUAAAACACCUGGCCCAUGAGCAGUUCAACUUCACCGUGGAGGACGGCCUGGUGAACACCAUCCCAGCGUCCUUCCACGAUGGACUGCUGCUCUAUGUCCAGGCAGUGACAGAGACUCUGGCACAUGGGGGAGCUGUCACAGAUGGGGAGGCCAUCACUCAGCGGAUGAGGAACCGAAGCUUCCAAGGUGUGACAGGAUACUUGAAAAUGGACAGCAAUGGAGAUCGGGAGACCGACUUCUCCCUCUGGGACAUGCAUCCUGAGACUGGCACUUUCAGGGUUGUUCUGAACUACAACGGGACUUCCCAAGAGCUGGUGGCUGUGCCGGGGCGCAAACUGAGCUGGCCCCUGGGGUACCCACCUCCUGACAUCCCCAAAUGCGGCUUUGACAACGAGGACCCAGCUUGCAGCCAAGAUCACUUUUCCACCCUGGAAGUGCUGGCUUUGGUGGGCAGCCUCUCCUUGCUGAGCAUUCUGACCGUGUCCUUCUUCAUAUACAGGAAGAUGCAGCUGGAGAAGGAACUGGCCUCAGAGCUGUGGCGGGUGCGCUGGGAGGACGUGCAGCCCAGCAGCCUUGAGAGGCACCUCCGGAGCACAGGCAGCAGGCUGACCCUGAGUGGGAGAGGCUCCAACUACGGCUCCCUGCUGACCACAGAGGGCCAGUUCCAAGUGUUUGCCAAGACAGCGUAUUAUAAGGGCAACCUCGUGGCUGUGAAACGUGUGAAUCGUAAGCGCAUUGAGCUGACGCGAAAAGUCCUGUUUGAGCUGAAGCAUAUGCGGGACGUACAGAAUGAACACUUGACCAGGUUUGUGGGUGCCUGCACUGAUCCCCCGAACAUCUGUAUCCUCACAGAGUACUGUCCCCGUGGGAGCUUGCAGGACAUUCUGGAGAAUGAGGGCAUCACGUUAGACUGGAUGUUCCGGUAUUCUCUCACCAACGACAUCGUCAAGGGAAUGCUGUUCCUACACAACGGGGCCAUUUGCUCCCAUGGCAACCUCAAGUCAUCCAACUGUGUGGUGGAUGGGCGCUUCGUCCUCAAGAUCACCGAUUUUGGGCUGGAGAGUUUCAGGGACCCGGAACCAGAGCAAGGCCACAUCCUCUAUGCUAAAAAGUUGUGGACAGCCCCUGAGCUCCUGCGAAUGGCCUCACCUCCUGCCCGGGGCUCCCAAGCAGGUGACGUCUACAGCUUUGGGAUCAUUCUUCAGGAAAUUGCCCUAAGGAGCGGUGUCUUCCAUGUGGAAGGUUUGGACCUCAGCCCCAAAGAAAUCGUGGAGCGCGUGACUCGGGGUGAGCAGCCCCCCUUCCGGCCCUCCCUGGCCCUGCAGAGUCACCUGGAAGAGCUGGGGCAGUUGAUGCAGCGUUGCUGGGCUGAGGAGCCGCAGGAGCGGCCACCCUUCCAGCAGAUUCGCCUGAUGCUACGCAAGUUCAACAGGGAGAGCAGUAGCAACAUCCUGGACAACCUGCUGUCCCGCAUGGAGCAGUACGCCAACAACCUGGAGGAGUUGGUGGAGGAGAGGACCCAGGCCUACCUGGAGGAGAAGCGCAGAGCCGAGGCCCUGCUUUACCAGAUCCUGCCUCACUCCGUGGCUGAGCAGCUGAAGCGCGGGGAGACGGUCCAGGCCGAAGCUUUCGACAGCGUCACCAUCUACUUCAGUGACAUUGUAGGCUUCACGGCCCUGUCUGCACAGAGCACGCCCAUGCAGGUGGUGACCCUGCUCAAUGACCUCUACACUUGCUUUGAUGCCGUCAUAGACAACUUUGACGUGUACAAGGUGGAAACCAUUGGUGAUGCCUACAUGGUGGUGUCGGGGCUCCCCGUGAGGAACGGGCUGCUGCACGCCCGAGAGGUGGCCCGCAUGGCCCUGGCGCUGCUGGACGCAGUGCGCUCCUUCCGCAUCCGCCACCGGCCACAGGAGGAGCUGCGCUUGCGAAUCGGCAUCCACACAGGACCCGUGUGUGCCGGUGUGGUUGGGCUGAAGAUGCCCCGUUACUGUCUCUUUGGAGACACGGUCAACACUGCCUCCAGAAUGGAGUCUAACGGGGAAGCCCUGAAGAUCCACUUGUCUUCUGAGACCAAGGCCGUUCUGGAAGAGUUUGGUGGUUUUGAGCUGGAGCUUCGAGGAGAUGUAGAAAUGAAGGGCAAAGGCAAAGUUCGCACCUACUGGCUCCUGGGGGAACGGGGGAGCAGCACUCGAGGCUGACCUGCCUCCCCUCCUGGCUGUCCCUUCCUUGGGCCGAGGUAACAGAGGUGCCAGACCUCAGCCUCACUCACAGCCCCGCCAUUGCCAAAGGAUCAGAGAACGUUUGAACAACUCAAAUGUGCUAGCCCCAGUGGAGACACCAGAUACGACCCCCGAAGGAGGACUGUGUUGGGAGAACUUGGGGAGUUCAUGGACCUGGAGCACACAGUCCUGCCCAGUGGCACACACACAGACACAGGCACCCACUCUCCACCCUGACCCAAGUCAAGUUGCUAGGGUGUGGACCCCUGGAUCCUGUGCCCCCACUCCUUCAAUAAAUAAAGCAACACCAAAGGUAGUUGCUACACUGGGACUUCUAGGGGGAUGAGGAAAAGGGAUGAUAGGUGAAUCUAGGAGACGAGGGGAGUCCACAUCUGGGCCCAGCCCAUGUGGGCAUAGACGCUCCUGUGUUCCCUCCCCAGCCCAACACUGGGCACACUGCAUAGGGGGGAGGAACAGUUGGCAGGGGUUGUGGGCCCGUACAUCAAUUCCUCCUGUGAGCAGAGGCCAUUAACGUCUUUAUUCUAGUGACUGUCUCUAGAAGGAGAGUAGGUUGGUUGCCAGAAGACACAGCCAUGUUCCCUACCCUCUACUCCAAAUGAGACAUGCUCCUGGAGCUGGAAAUGGAAUAUCUGACAAUGGCUGCAGGUCCCUCCAGCUACCUGAUAGCCUGUGACCUUCCCUAGUAGUGCUGACACUUGUGGUCCAAGGACCCAUUUACACCCUUCACAAUCACUGAGGGCCCCAAAGAGUCCUUGUUUAUGUGGGCUAAAUCUAUCCAUAUAUACUGUAUUAGAAAUUAAAACAAGUCCUAUUAACUCACUUAAAUAAGUAUAAUAAACCAAUCGCAUGUUAA